AUGACGAUCCUCCUCCACGAUGUUCAGUACUUACUGCAGAUUCCUGUUGAGGGACGACUGAUGAGUAGGACUUCUGAGCAGCUUGACCAUCCGGAGGUGGGUUUGUGUGCGCUUCUUGGGAUGAACUCGGAGCAGUUGAGUGGUCGUUCGGAGGUCCCUGGAUUUGGUAGUAAGGGUAAGUGGUACGACAAGGGUGGUUUUCUUGCGGACAUGGCGUCCAGGUACUUGCAGGUGAACGGGACACAUGUGACAGAGGCGCAGUCGUACUUGUUGUUGAUGUUGGGGUCCACUUUGUUUGUGGACAAGAGUAGAGACAGGGUUCGGCCGGUGGUGAACCUAUUUUUGGACGAGUUGGAGGAGAUAGCUUUGUCGAAAUAUUUCUUCCAUACCGCUUCUGCUACCUCUCUUCUUGAAAUUCCACCCAGUAAUUGCUCAAACUUUUGCUUCACACAGUUGUUGACGUGCCAUAAACAUAGUAGGUGGACAGUAUGUGGGAGAGGGAAGACCAGGGGCAUAGAAGCAAGCAGACCACCUUCUUUGUCUGUCACAAUGACAUUCGGAACCGUAUCACCGAGCAACCCUUUAAUACAUCGCAGCACCCACUCAUAUGUUUCCUUUGUUUCCUGCUUAAUAAGUGCACAUGCAAUGUUGAAAUUCUUCUUGACUGGAGUAACCCCAAUAAUCUCAACCCAUGGCCAGCCAUACCUAUUCGUCUUGUAG